GAAAAAGUUGCACCGCUAGAGGAGAAGAAACUGGAGAUAGAAACGAAGGGAUGAAGGCAAUGACAAAUGCGUGCUCGUUGGUCUCUCUAUGUUUUCUUCUGUCCGUGUCUAGUUCGCCGUGCAAAGGUAUCCAGAGAAUGGAAUGAGUGUAGGUAGACAAGACAUCUGCGUUUGAGCUUCAAAGUAUUAAGAUGACUGCAACAAGUUCUUCAUCCAGUGCAUCGACAACUAGUGGUCCCAAGGUGUCUUUAUUUGCAGCCAAGUCAGGGUUUGUUAUCCCUAAAAAUAAACUUUUGGGUUCAUUAGUUUCCAUCGUCAAAGGAGGUAAAAAGCCGGGUAGUAAAAAUGCAGUGAACGGAGAAAGUACCAAUCAGGAACAGGUUCAGAGGAAAACCAAAUGGGGUCCUGAUUUAACAAAAGAUGCUUCCGUUAAAAGGGGAAGAGCCUUGGCAUACCAGAUUCGAGUGGAUCAAAUUGUGCAACAACUGGAAUUGGGAAUUCCAGAACCCGGGGAUGGAGACUCACAUGACUCCAAUGAGCUUGAAGAUCGCAAAUCUUCGAUUCCACAAAUCCAUACCAAGAACUCUGAGAUCUUGGAACUUGAAAAACAGGAAGCUAUAGGUGAGAUACUUAUAUUGAAUCCAAGCUACAAGGCUCCACCCAAUUAUAAGCCUUUGCUAAAAGAGACCACAGUUCCCAUCCCUGUCAAGGAGUAUCCUGGAUAUAAUUUUAUUGGUCUAAUAUUUGGGCUUGGAAGCGAGACUCAGAAGCGAUUAGAAAAGGAAACUGGAGCCAAAAUACAAGUACAUGGUUCCAACACGCAUACAGGAGAGAAGGUUGAGAUUUCUCCAUCUGAUGGCAAUGAGACUCAGGUUGCUUAUGAGGAGUUGAGUGUUCUUGUAACAGCCGACACAUUUGAGAAAGUUGACGCAGCUGUUGUCCUGAUUGAAUUGCUAAUCACCUCAGUAUCAGGAAAUUUAGCGGCUGGGGAUAAUGCAAAUGUUAGUCAGAAUCAGGCGGCCUCUACUGCUGUAAACCAAGGAGUGGUGCUAUCUUCUACUCCUCAACAAGGCCAGUUCCAAUAUCAAAAUUCAUGGCUCCCUGCUGCCACACCUCUACAUCCACCUCCAGGCUUAAUUUCCCCUCAGACUUCUUCAGCACCAGUUUUAAACAAUCCUAUACCUUUACAGUCAGCAUCUUUCAAUUCUUCAACCAUGCUUUCAUUAUUCGGGCCUAGACUGGCACAGGGCUUUUCAAAUCCAUAUCAGCCUAGAAAUUUUUCCAUGCCUACUCCACAGCCUCGAUCUUUUACUGGUAGCCAGCCCCACCCAACAGGGCUGUACUCUGUUGCAAGGCCACCAGUACUUCAACCCUCGUCAAGUGGUUCACAUGAUGGGCUAUUAGUCCCUUCUGGGUGGUCUGGAUCUCCUGCAAGUGUUCCGGCAUCAUUAGGUUUUGUCAACAUGGGACAAACAACAAUUCCUAUAGUUCCCUCACCUGGUCCAUGGCCUACUGUUCCACAGCUAGGUUUUCCAUCCAAUGCGCCACCUCCAAAUGCAGCUAAUAUGGUUUCUCCUGUAACCUUCCCACCGGGACCAUCCUCUCUGCAAUCACACAGUGUUUCUAUGAAUCGUCCUACCCUAAUCCAAUCUUCACUGGUUGCACCUUUGCCAAUUUCAUCCAUAAGCCCGGUACUUGGUUCCACGCCAAUUUCAGUAGUUGUAGGAGCUUUCUCUGGAACUAGCUCAAAUUUUGCUCCCAUGAGAUCACCCACAAUAACAGGUGCAAAAAUACAGCACUCUGGUCCUGGUGAUUUUACUUUUCAAUCACAUCAUCUGCAGAAUCCAGCUCCCCAAAUAUCUCCCAGGCUUAGCAGUCAUCAUGCUACUCAAAACGGUCCGCUUCCUAGACCCACGAUGCAAUCGCCAGCACCUCAAGGACCACCUUCUCACUUUGAGGUCCCUAAUUCAACUCCUCUACCUGGCAGGCAGAUGUUUCCUAGACCACAUGUCAGCAAUCAAAUGGGUCAAGUUCCCUUUGUUGGAAAUCCUACCGGUCCCUCGCUUCCCCUCGGCCUUCCAGCAUUUUCAAAUGCAAAUUCAUUUGGACAACCAGUCAUGGAGAUGGUGUCGGGGAACUUAAGUUCAACUCCCCACAUGCCCUAUUUAAAAGGUCCUUUACCUCCCAGACCGGGAAACCCCUUGCAACUUCAGCAGAAUUAUCCAGUUCCAAUAGCUCCUCGAGGACAAGCAUUUGCUCCGAAGCAGCAGCCUAUCAUCUCCUUGGCAUUUGCUAGACCAGCUUCAUUCCACGGAGGUCAGCAUGUUUAUGAUCCAUUUUCUCCAACUCCUGUGUCAACUGCGUCUCAACGGCAAGGAGGUAAUCUAGGAGACGUGAGCAAGCCAGAGAAUGAUCCACUGUAAUUUUGCGUACCUUACUGGAUGUCCUAGGAGAACGCGUGAGGAAAUCAUGUGACCGCCAAUGUUAGUUUCUUCAUCAUUGAAAUAGAUAAAUUUGGCAUUCCCCCUCCCUCCCUCUGACCUCGACAAAUUUAUAAAUGCGUUUCGUUUCAUCUAA